AUGCUUGUAGAGCAGGAUAGGGCAGAGUAUGGGGACAAUGGUGGUGGUGUCGAAGUGGUAGCAUUGCUGGACAGUGUUGACAAGGUGAUGGGGAUAGAGAUGGGGCAAGGCAGGCCAAGUAGUCGGGGGAGGAUAAUGGUGAGAUGUGGGCAGGGAGGAGGGUUGAAACCCGAGGAUUCACUGAGGCGGGACGCCCGAAGGCUCCCCACUGGCAAAAAGUAUGCACCCGACCGGACCCGAUUAGAGUCCGUCGCAGGCUUCAACUCAGCGGAGUGCAAUGCCAAGCCUCCACCUGGGGUCAGAGCCCUGCUGACCACCCUGAACCCAGUGCAGCAUGUGCAUCCGUGUCACACCUUCUCCAUUACUAAUGUCUGCACUCAUAUUGCUUUCACCCUCUACCCACACGCUCACGAGCAUAUGAACUAUUUGAUAGGCAGAAGUAGCGGUGGCGGCGGCCACACUGAGACGGCUGGUCACUUUACCCUAACCCACAACCACCACCACCAGUCCACCACGCACCUAGCAGGCACCUUGCCACAUCGUGCAGGUGCUACCUCGUCGGACUCAACAAUUGCUACUGUACUGCUCUUUACACUGCAUCCGUCGUCUCAACGACAUCCCAUACCUCUUCACGUGCCUUCAUCAUCAGUUGCCAACAUAUUACCCAAAGGAUGCAACGCGUGCAAGCAAGGCCUUACCUGUGACCUUCCGUACAAUAAUCCGCCGGAAUUUUCGGCCCUGGAGUACCUAGUGAGACCACGUCUGCAGGACUACACGCAAAAGGUGGCUCAGCUCAUUGCCACUGACAUGGAUCUUUGUACUGCACCGAAUGCUCCACCUGCCGAUUGUCAGGUUGUGGAAUACCUCAUUGCAUAUGAUAACACCGAA